ACCAUGUUUGGCUUCUUUGGAGUCAAGUCUACCCCUCAAAAAGACUCAUCCUCUCACGAUGAGCCGAGAGCCUUGCCUGCAUCAUGGUACCGCUCAGCCGCCAUGUACGAGCUUGAACGCCGAGCCAUCUUUUCUCGAAAAUGGAUCCUCCUCACACACAAGCUACGAUUCAAGAAGGCCGGUGACUACGUCUCCUUCACAGAAGCUGGCUUCUCCUUCUUCUUGGUCAUGGAUCGCGAUGGCCAGAUCAAUGCUUUUCACAAUGUCUGCCGUCACCGCGCUUUUCCUAUCGUCACCCAGGCCUGUGGAAACUCUGCCAUCUUGUCAUGCAAGUACCACGGUUGGUCCUACGGCUUCAAAGGCAACUUGGCAAAGGCUCCGCGUUUUGACACGGUGCCUGACUUUGACAAGACCAAGCACAACCUUCUCCCCGUGAACCUGCGCAUCGACGCCAAGGGCUUUAUCUGGAUAAACCUAGAGGCCGGAAAGCCGAGCAUCGCCUGGGAAGAGGACUUUGAUGGUGUCGACACACAGGAUCGUCUGGCUCCGUAUGAUCUGAUGAACGACUACCACUAUGAUCACACGUGGACCAUGGAGGGCGACUACAACUGGAAGACUCUUGCGGACAACUACAAUGAGUGUUACCACUGCCCUACAGGUCAUCCUGGAGUCAAUGCCAUCUCGAACCUGGCUGCGUACCGCGUUGAGACCAAGGGUGGACAUAUCCAGCAUUUCAAUCAGAACAAGGACGAGACCGACACGACGAUGCAAGUUGCGAGUAGCUUCCUCUUUCCCAACGCCUGCUUCACCGUGACACCCGACUUUUUCUACAUGAUGCGCUGCAUCCCCAUGUCCGCGGGAAAGACGCUGAUGGAGUACGACGUCUUCCGCCACAACAACACCGACGACGAGAAUUUCAAGAGGAUCAACGAGUUUUUUAAGCAGGUUCUCCAAGAAGACAAGGAUCUCUGCAACGGCACUCAAAAGAACCUCGAGGGAGGAAUUUUCAUCAACGGCCAGCUGCACCCAGAGAAGGAAAAGGGACCCAUCUUCUUCCAGGAGACUAUUCGUCAGGUGGUCAUGGAACACCGUGCUAGAGAAGAGGAGGCGGGCCAUGAUAUCUGGCCUGCG